AUGGCAAGCCAAGCCAGCGUAGCAAGCAGUCAACCCGACCCACGACAAUUGAGACUCAUCGCCGCUUCUGCUCAAGCCAACGAAGCUAGAGUUCGCGAUAUACUAGCCGAAGACCCUCCUUGGACUUCGAGCACCGAUCAUGACGCGCUUCGCCAAUCUCUCCAAAAAGCAGCCGCGCGCGGCAAACUCUCCAUCGUCCUCCUCCUACUCGAUCACGGCGCCGAGCUGAAUCCUAGAAAAGACAAUGAAAUCCCUGCCUUAGUGAAAGCAGCUGAGGGAGGACAAGCUGAAAUCGUAGCCGAGCUGCUGAAGCGUGGCGCCGAUCCGAACGGACGUAACCGCAACGGGCAGACUGCUCUAUUUAGCGCGUGCUUAAAGGGUUAUAAUAAGGUGGUUGAGAAGUUGCUAAACGGAAAGGCAAAUGUAGAAGCUCAAGACAAGGAAGGUCGGUCUCCCUUGCUUUUUCUAGCUUCAGAGAAACCCGGGAAGGGGAAGUGGACUCUUGAGACUCUGAAGCUACUCCUAAGCAACGGGGCCAAUCUCGAAGUCAAAGAUCAGAUUGGGAGAACGCCACUCCUGUGGGCUGCUACGAAUGGGAAUGUCGAACUCGCUCGUGUCCUCCUCGAGAACUAUGCGCGUCUCGAUGUUACAAAUAACCGCGGGCGAACGGCUUUACAUCUCGCUGCUGAGGGUAGUCAUAAGGAGCAGUCUGAAGAAAUGGUAAGGCUUCUGCUUGACCAUGAAGCUGAUCCUAGCGCAGUGAGUGACGGCGGUUGGACGCCCCUCCACAAUGCUGCUCAGAGUGGCUAUGCGCCCAUCGUUGCGCUGCUGCUUGAAACUGGCGCUAAUGUAAAUGCUGUGCUUUCGAACGGGAUGACGCCUCUACACUGGGCUGCUUUUAAUGGCUGUGAGGAAGUUGUACAACUUAUAUUGACUCGUUUUGAUGUGAACUUAUCUAUUAAGGACAGUUUCAAUCGAACAGCUAUGCUUUGCGCCGCCGAGAAGAACCACCCCGAGAUUGUCCAGCUGCUUUCCCCCGCACGCGGCGCCGAUCGAUUAUCCCCAGUCGCGCAACAAGCUUGCCGGGCCUUCGAGGCCACCGUCGUAGACUUUGGCCAAUUCGAGAAGAAACAGCUCGUUUCGAAGUAUUCCGUUUACGAACUUCUGUACGGCUGGGAUCACGAGAACGAGAAACCAAAAGUCCCUACCCUGACGAAGAAUAUUAAGUAUCAGCCGGAUUUCCGGUGGAUCCAUCUGCCCGCGAAUAAUAUAGCAUGGGUUGAGACUCUCCUUGCGAAAUCUUUCAUCGAGGCGGGGCACCGGGACAUCGAAGCCUUUAAAGCGCUGGAGAAAUGCUUUGACCAAGAACACCAGGGGCAACAUGCGCAUGCGCAUUUCAUGAGGACAUUUUCUAAUCGUAUUACUUCACCUCGGGCUGGCCUUCAAGAUAAAAGAGACGACAAAUCGUCUCUAGCCCCAUUAUCCGAAGAACCGUCAGAUGUUAGUAUGGGAUCGACACAAAAUAGCACCAAUGAUGGGGAUUCCCCUAAGAAGUCAAGUGAUCAUUUCGAGGAUGACAUGCCAACAAAAAAGAAGAGCAAGUCCGAAAUGAUCGCCGAGAGACAUCCUAAGAAGCAUAAGCGAGCCAAAGGUCCUCCCGGUAACCCGCCUCAGAGACAAGAUAGCUUCGCAAGCAACUUGAGUGGCAAAUUCCAGGCUCCGCUUGCUUGGGAGACCCCUAAGUUUGCGGCUUCGAGUGGGAAAAUAGUAUUAUUUAUGCCAUUCUUACACUACGAAACAGACGAGCGGCGGCGCAAGAUGAGCAAGGCCAUCAAGAAUGUUUACGAAGACCGACAAGUCUUGGAUAAUUCAUCUCGGGAUUCUCUCAUCGUCAAUGCAUAUCUGAAAAGUGAACCGCGUCUCCAUCCACGAAGGACGCUUGACCAGUUCUUCUACCACGGUAUCGACACGUCGGCAAGAGAUACGGAUCAAGUCGUCUACAGAUAUUGCAAGAGGCAUAAUAAAGAGCCGAAGGUAUUCAUGGUUGAUCAACUGUGGCUUUGGAUCAUCGGAAAGGAUCUUGUUAUUACCUGCUUCCCGCAACGCUGGGACCAGCCUAAACAGGAUCCUUUAAAUGUUCUAGACGGCAUCAUCGAGGAGACGAAUGCCAAGACUAGACCGCCGAUUGGCUCUGUGUGCCGAUGUUCCGGAACAUUCGACCGACACCGUCUCGACAAUCAGGAUUUCCAAUUCUUGGACAUGUUCGAGAGUUCUAUCGGCCUCGUUACAGAUCGCGAAAGCCAACUCUUCAGCCGAUUUAACAAAGCUUCAGCCCAAUCCGCCCAAUGGCUCCAGCACCACCGUCGGCGACGCAGCAUGGGCCGACCCGCUCGACUCCCUUCCUUUGGAUCUCCGAAUGAAUACCACGGCAAGGAUAUGGACCAAUUCCCCGAUGCGCUCCUCGACAUCGGCGUCGAAACAUCGCUCUUAGCUGAAAUCAAAGAUAUCCGCGACGAGCUCGGCAUCAUCACCGGACUCCUCGAAGGCCAGCUCUCGACACUCGACGACUUCGAAAUGCAAAUCACAGACGAACUCCGCAGCAACAGCGGAACAGGCGAAAACCGCCGCGCAAUCGACCUCGCCGUCACGGAUAUCCGCAAACGGUCCCGCGAACAACUCCGCGGCCUCGAAAUCCGGAAGAAGGAUAUCGAGCGCAUGGACCACCAAGCCGAGUCGCUAUACCGCAACCUAACGGACCUCCUGGACCUCAAGCAGAAGCACUCAAACGCGCUGGAGGCCCGGUUCGCGGGCGACCAGGCGGUGAUUGCCGCGAGGCAAGGGCAGACGGUUAUGGUGUUUACAAUCGUCACGAUUAUCUUUCUGCCCAUGAGUUUCAUCGCUGCCUUUUUCGCUAUCAAUCUCCAGGAGUGGGAGGGUGGGAAGCUGACCAUUCCGUAUGUGAGUAAGUAUUUGUUUGGUAUUGGGCUGGGGGUCAGUGUGCCCCUUAUCGCGACGGCGUUUACGAUUACGGAUAUUUCGGAUACGGUUAGGGGGUUUACUGAUAGGUGUUUUGGUGCGCGGGGGAGGGGGAGGAGGAGGAAGGAACGUGGUGGUGGAGGGGGGGUCGAGGAGGAGACGGUUGUUAUUCAGCCGAAGACCUCGCUGUCGUCGCAUCGGCUGGGGAGAGAGCAGCUAUUGGACGGAGCGUCGUCGCGUGUGCUCCCUACUAGACAUAGUCGCGAGCGCAGCACCGAUUACUACGCCGCGGCACGGUUGUCGCCUACAUCGUUCGGCCAGAGGAUAGCCGGUGGGCCGCGGAAAGUCAGUUUCAGUAGCGCGAAUGCGGCGGGUUCGUGGGCCCGGCCGAGCUUGGAUAGGAGUCGGAGAGGAAGACUAAGUGAGGAUUUGGAAAAGGGAAGACGGAAUUACGCAUAA